ACGUCACCCGUGUGAACAUGCGGAGUCGGAGCUGGUUAAUCUGAGGUACCUUCAGCCGCCCUUUCCGCCCUCACGCACUUCCUUUUGAGCUUGCUCAUCGUCGUCCACGACGUCCUCCAUGGACUUUUUUUCUGCUGCCAACGAUGCGUCGGCGGUCGCACUCACUCAGAAUGAUACCUUUGCCCAGGCCAUAGCAUCCAGCUUUGGCUCUUUCACUGCACGACUUCCGGUUGCUGCUCCUCCGUCGUUCAGGUCCACCUCGACAACAAACCCAACGUUGCAUUCUAAUAACUUCCAUGCUGUUCAGCACGGCGAGCUUGCUAAACUCGUCAAUUCCCCAUCCGUGUUGUUCAUUGACAUUCGGCCCCAUGCUCAGUUCGCCAAUGCUCGUCUCCCCAAUGCGUUGUCAUUGUCGGUACCAUCCACGCUGUUAAAACGUCCAAUGUUCUCCUUGGACAAGCUCGCAUCAAUGCUUUCUUCUACCUCUUCACGUUCACGAUUCCUUGGUUGGAAUACAUCAGCCCAAAUCGUCGUGUACGACGCUGACUCUGCGUCGCUGCCCGAUUCUUCCAAUAUCCUCGGCCUUCUUAGAAAAUUCGCCAACGACAGUUCUGGGUACUCUGGCCGGCUUUGUUGGCUGAAGGGUGGCUUCCAGUCUAUAUGGCGGGAUCGAAGAGAGCUUAUUGACCAGCAUCCCUUUGCGCCUCCCUCAACGUCUCUCAAUCCUAAUCUUUUGCCAACAGCAGCUUUCCGCGCGCCAAAACGACAGUCGCCCUUGUACUCAUCCUUGCGAGCUGGCAUGUCAAUGCCAUCGCUUCCCCAUCAACCGUUUAAUCCUUUUUUUGAUACCAUCCGUCAAAACAUAGAGCUAUCGCAUGGCAUUACAGAACGUAUUCCGCUUAAGCUCACUGCCCAUGCAAAACAGCGGAUAUCUGAUCUCCCAUUCUCAUGGCUGCGCGCCAUUGCACUUCCAACAACAUCUGACCUCCAGACGGAUGUCGAGGAAAGCAUGGAGUCCCUCGCGAUGCAGUUCUACCGUAUUGAACUUGCGGAGCAGAGAAGACUAAUGGGGGUUAUGGAACAUCAUUCACGGGAAUCUACUGUACAGAACUACAGCGAACGCAAGGGUGUGCCUGUCAAGGCGUUCCCUUUCAGUAUUACUGCGGGUGUAGAAAAAGGUGCAAAGAACCGAUAUCGUCAUAUCUGGCCCUUUGAGCACGCUAGAGUACGGCUUCAUUCCGAUAAAUCAAUAUCUCCCCUUCCUUCGUUGGACUCUACAACCUCUUCCGAUGCCUCGCCCGAAUUAACCCCCUCCUCUUUUACUACUGUUCUUCCGCCAUCCAAAGUGCUCCCAUCUCGGUCAUCCUGCCGUGAGGACACUGACGAUUAUGUGAAUGCUUCCUACGUGCAGCCGCUAUGUACUCGCCGACGGUACAUAGCCACGCAGGGUCCCUUGGAAGCCACUUUUGUGGAUUUUUGGACUCUCGUUUGGCAGCAAAACGUUCACGUUAUCGUCAUGUUGACCCGAGAAGUCGAGGGCUCGACCGUGAAAUGCAACUGCUAUUGGAAAGACGGCACCUAUGGUCCCCUUCAUCUUCGAUUGAUCAGCCGCGAGGGAAAAGAAGAUGUUGGGGAUAAUAUACCAUCUAAGCAAAGCGGCGGCUUCUUCAAUUUCCGUGCCGAAGAGGAAGAGAAGUCUCACCCAAUCAUCAAGCGGACUUUUUUGCUUACUCACUCCGGAUAUCCUCACGCCAAACCACGCCGAAUCGUCCAUUAUCAGUAUCUGGAAUGGCCGGAUAUGAAUGUUCCCGACGACCCUCGAGGGAUCCUAGAGCUCAUCAAGGAGGUAGGGAGGGGUAUGGAAGAAAGCGAGCAGAAUGGGGAUAACCUCAAUAUCAACGGAUCUGCUGCAGACCUAUCGGAGGUUGACUCGCGUACAGGUAUUUCGCGUCAAGGACAAGGGAUCCAGCCGCUCCUUUUGCAUUGCAGUGCCGGUGUGGGAAGGACUGGAGGUUUCAUCGCUGUCGAUGCCGUCCUGGACGGAAUUCGGAGAGAGAUUCGCAAAUCCGUUGAGGACCAGGUCAGGACUGCCGAAAAUAAAGCAGUCGACGACCGCACCGACAGCGAUGGUGAUAUCGUGAUGGACGAGACCGGGCAGCGUACUAUGCCUAUGCCGCCUAACAAGGGAGGAGACGUGCUACACGUUCCUGUUAUCGAUAGCGGACUGCCUUCCUCUGCCACAAUUUCACAACGAGAACCAGAAGGGGACGACACAGCUACAAGACGAUGGGCCGAAAACUUGGAACAAAUUGACAGCGCGUAUACUCGCGAUACUGGUGAUUCCGAAGGCAGAUCGUCUUUCGAAACUGCUAGCUUGAGCACCGCUUCGUCGUCAGAGGAAUCCUCCUUUUUCCCCCAGACCGGGCCGAAAAACGAAAUCAAGGAAAAUGAUGGUGAGAUUUCACCUAAUGCGCCGAGUAGCGGAUACACAACUUCGUCAUCCUUUGUUACGACGAUAGCUUCCGAGUCGAGCAGCAAGGACGGAAUCGUUGGUGCUACGAGGAAAUCAUUUCCCAGUUUGAAUCCUGCCCCUGGUGUCGAUUUCAAGGGUCUACUGAACGCACGUCUGGGGGAAGAGGAAAAUUCUCGCGCGCGGACACAGUCGGCACCGUUGGCGGGUGUAUCUACCAAUGAUGGUUCUGCGACUGGCCCCUUCACUUCAAGGAGUCUGUCGCCGUCUGGCAGUGAUGUGAAGGACGCUAAGGACUUAGCUGCACAAUCGACCCCGAAUCUCAAGCUUUCUUCAGCAUCCACAGCACGACCCAUAUCUGUUGUGGCUUCUACUUCAACAACGAAUGUCGACUACAAGGAUCCUCGUCCGAUGCAUAGGCCUGACUCUCCGCGCUUGUUGAGUACCUACGAUGAGCCGCUAUGGGAGGUCAUUCAAGACAUGAGAGAGCAGCGGAUGAGUCUGUGUCAGAGUCUCAGGCAGUACGUUUUUGUACACGCGGCUGUCAUUGAGGGUGCUCUGAUGGUGGUCGACGAGGAGAAAGAGGCUUUGGGAGUGGACAAUGUUGAGAAGAUGAUUCAUCAGCAGAACUCAUCUACUCAUAGCAAAGCUAUGCCGUCAUCGGGUCCAGUGUUUGUCUAUAACGAUAUAUUAACAGCCAGCUCGUCUUCCCAUGGGAAGAGAGGCGCCAGUCCGACUGAAUUAUUGAAGGAGGACAAGACGGGGGAGUUGAGAAUGUCGAAAAGGCCCAGUAUCAAGAGGAAGCAGCGGAGUCACGACGGUGAAAUGGCGGUAUAUUCUACUGCUAGGGAAUCCCUCGGUGAGAGGCUGACACUGCCCACGUUCGAGAUAGUAUCUGUAUCACUGCUUAUCGAGGAAUCACUGUCUAGCUAGUCGUAUAAUUAAUUUCUGGUUUUGAUAAAGCACAUUUAAAGACUAGGGCCCGUCGCAAGCGCCAACGGUGACCUUGCUUAAUGCGGGAGCCUUGGGUCUGAAGUCGUGAUUGAAGCAGCAUGUAUUCUAGUAGACUCAUUCCACUUUAUGUACUAUGGCAGGCCCAGGAAAAGAUGAGACUUGUUUUCCGAUCGCGCCCAUGACUUAUUCGUUCGGAAACAUGACUUCGAAGGCUUCAUAUAUAACACCACGGCACCACCCGAUUGCUGAAGAGGUCCCAGACGCGCCUGGGGGGCAUCGUUAGUCCCUCCCAGGUAAUCUGGCCAUCAAC